AUGUCGUCUAGUAGUGUCCCUUCAACAUCGACAAAUACCAGUUUUGACUCUGAAUGUCACCAAAUUCAAGAAGAUAAUGUCACUCCGACCGCAGAGAAGAUUGCUCCAAUCUACGCUUGGAGCAGUCAGCUCUGGCAAGGGCUCGCUACAAAAGCCGGUUCAAAGUCCUUCGUGCGCGACACCGUUAACCUUGCCAGUAUGAGUGAGGGACUACCAGCAAUACCAGACAACAUGCAAGGUAUGACAGAAUUCUGCGGACUGGCAACUUGGAAGUUGAAAUCGACGGGAUGUACAAUGUCCCACAGAAGCCGAUCCGAGGGCAAGCGACGGUGGAAACCGACAAGGCGGCGGCCGACACUUUGUUCUAUAUCGAACAGCAGCAGUUUUGAUCACUCGGACAGCGAAUCAAAUGGCAUCGCAUGCUUGUUCUUUGGCUGGGCUUAUAUACUCUGUAUGACCCUUCUCGAGAAACAACGUAUACCAGUCUUCUACAGCAGUACGUCAUCACAGACAUGGGGGACCGAAGACGAACUGGAACAUGGGCUUACGGUAGAACUUGGCAACGCUAGCGAUGAGGAGUAUCGCUGGUGGGUUUCCCUUCUCACUCCUGGCCAGGGAUGGCGAUCGCCAAUCCCUGAUCAACCAAUAUGGUCUGUCGCCUACACAGGGAACAUGAAUUUUCGAGUUGUGAGAGCUGAGAGGGCUCCUGCAUCAUCGCAUUGCAACCCCCCUUCAAGCAAGCAAGCAGUUGAGUUUCUUUCUCGGUUUGCCUCAAGAUAUAACCUGGAGAGUCAAUCUGCUCUGGCGCUAGCAAUGGCGUUAACACUCCCAAUCCAUAACGACACUUCGUCAAUGGUGCAGCUUCCAAAGCCACGUCUUAUCACAUCACAGUUUAUGCCGCAUACCCAUUUCGGAAUCAAGAAGGAUUACUGCAGGUUAGAUCGCUACAUGGCUCUCAGUUCGAACCCUUUAUUCCUCUCCUCUGCUCUUUGGUCCGUAUUCUGGGAACCUGGAGUGGAGUGCAACUUGGUUAGCCCUUGGUGUGAUCCUAUUGUUGCGACUAUUAAGCCUCUGAUUGACAGAGGUGAUCUGGAGACCCUGGGCCAUGUUCUUGCACUACGCCGACCGAGUAUAGCACCUCUAUGGUAUGGAGUGACCGCUUGUGGCAACACUAGAAGUAUCUCUGCUAUCAUCCCUUUUCUCCAGACACUGUUUUCUUGCCUCCCAUCCAGGCCUAUCCCGGAGGUGGCCGCUUGGACAGGUUGCCCACAAUCAUUCAUGGAUCUUAGUGGAGAGGGGCCCUACGUUCAAAUGGGUAAUCAAGUAUCUCGAGCAGAUGUGUGGCGGCUGCGGCACGAGCUAUGGGAUGUCGAACCAGAAGGAGCACCUUUCCGAAACACGCCAAUUUGCCCUUGGCCGCCAUUCGGAUAUAUAGGCGACGAGGAACUGGAGAUACCGGUGCGUACCCAUAUCAACUGCCCAAGGCACUAUUGGGUGUAUGCUGGCUGGACCUGGCUUUUCGAUGAUGGGACUGAGAAGCGUAUUGAGCCUGCUGAUGAAUUGAAAAGCUGGGAUUUAUUGGAGUCUGACUCACAGCUCAUAUUUUCUGAAGGUAUUACGCCACCUGUUUAUUACCUGAAUCAUAAAGCAUCCAAGAAUGCUGUAGGUGAUAUUUUUCGAUGGUCUGCUACUGAGAUAGAAAUGUCUGGGAAAAGUAUAUUCGGGCACCGCUGGGUCGAUGCAUUGCAUGAUUUGGGUAUGGACGAUGAUGACGAGCAUGACAGUUGUUCUGACGAUGUUCGAUGCCAGUCUGACGUCUCAUUGCAACGAGUAGAAGACUGGAUUAUGACUUGA